GAGGAAUUAGACUGUAUCGUAUCCUGUCUUCAGCUUGCAAAAUGGUUGCUAAAUCUCGAAGUUGAGUGUCCAAAAGCCUCGCAGCAAGCUCAGACACACUUUUGUGAUCAACCCCAAAGUCUUGUGAUAGUUUUACAUGGGACGAGAGAAGGACUCGAAGGAGAAAGAAAAGUCAAAGCACAGGUCGUCCAAACUGAAGAAGCUGAGUGGUCAUGAAAGUGCUGGCGCAGAGGGAGACGCAGUAAAGAGCAGUGCAAAUUCAGCUAAACCUGAUGAGAAUAUUGAAAAUGGAAAAAUUCACAAAAAGGCUAAGAAGGAAAGUGUGCAAACGGACAUUAGUAGCGAGCAGAUAAAAAAGGAGCCUGGAGACGAUGCUGCAGACUUUAUAUCAAAGAAGAAAGGCCAGAAAAGGAAAAGAAUUAAAGAAGAACAAACUGAGGGCCCUACUAGGUCAAAAAAAAUUAAAAAAGUGAAACAAGAAGAUGAUGAAGCAUCCCAGAAAAAGAAGAGUAAAAAAACUGAAAAGUCAGUCAAAAAAGAGGAGGACGAGUCUGUGCCAGUCUCAAAAAAACCUAAAAGGACAAAGGAGGAAAUUCAGGAGGCCAAAUUACUGAAGAUUAAAAAGAAGGAAGAGGAAGAGCAGAACCGUUGGAGAUGGUGGGAGGAAGAAAAGUAUGAAGAUGGUGUUAAAUGGAAAUUCUUGGAACACAAAGGACCCUACUUUCCUCCAGAAUAUCAGCCUGUUCCAGAUGAUGUUCAGUUCUACUAUGAUGGUAAGCCAGUAAAGCUGAGCCUGGUUGCUGAAGAAGUGGCAUUGUAUUUCGCCCAAAUGUUGGACCAUGAGUACACCACCAAAGAAGUGUUUCGGGAGAACUUUUUUAAAGACUGGAGAAAGGAGAUGACUUUAGAGGAAAGGUCACUUAUUAAAGACCUGAACAAGUGUGACUUUGGAGAGAUGCAUGCCAUGCACAAGGCUAAAGUGGAGGCUCGGAAAAACAUGACCAAGGAGGAGAAACAAGCUCUGAAAGAUGCCAACCAGAAAAUUGUGGAUGAGUUUGGCUACUGCCUACUGGACCACCACAAGGAAAGAAUUGGCAAUUUCAAGAUUGAGCCUCCAGGGUUAUUCCGAGGGAGGGGAGAGCAUCCAAAACAAGGCAUGCUGAAGAAAAGGAUCCAGCCAGAGGAUGUCAUCAUAAACUGUAGCAAAGAAUCCCGUAUUCCUGUCCCACCCGCUGGUCAUCGCUGGAAAGAGGUCCGUCAUGAUAACACUGUGACGUGGUUGGCCAGUUGGACAGAAAACAUUCAGGGAUCUAUCAAGUACAUCAUGCUCAAUGCCAACUCAAAACUAAAGGGCGAAAAGGACUGGGAGAAAUAUGAAGUUGCACGGAAACUGAAGACGUGUGUGGAUGAUAUCCGGUACCAGUACAAUCAGGACCUUAAGUCUAAACAGAUGGGCACACGCCAGAGGGCAGUGGCCCUUUACUUCAUAGACAAGCUGGCCCUGAGAGCAGGUAACGAGAAGGAGGAGGGAGAAACUGCGGACACGGUGGGCUGCUGCUCUAUCAGAGUGGAGCAUAUUACCCUGCACGACAAACUGGAUGGAGACGAGUAUGUAGUGGAGUUUGACUUCCUGGGUAAAGACUCCAUUCGCUACUACAACAAGGUCCCCGUCAUUAAGAAGGUUUUUAAGAAUCUAAAACUGUUCAUGGAGAACAAGGAACCUGGAGAUGACUUGUUUGAUCGCCUUAAUACACAAAUGCUCAACAAGCAUUUGAGCUCUCUAAUGGCGGGGCUUACAGCAAAGGUUUUCAGGACAUACAACGCUUCCAUCACCCUGCAGCAGCAGCUGAAGGAGCUCACAAACAAGGGGGACAGUGUGGCAGAGAUGAUUUUGUCCUACAACCGAGCAAAUAGAGCAGUUGCAAUUCUGUGUAACCACCAGCGGGCGCCGCCAAAGACCUUUGAGCAAUCAAUGGCAAAUCUGCAAGCCAAGAUUGAUACAAGAAAAGAACAACUUGCACUUGCUAAGUCUGAACUGAAACAGGCUAAGAAGGAGGCCAAGUCUAAAGACAACUCUGACCCUAAAUCGCAGGCGCUGGUGGAUCGCAAGAAGGCAAUAGUGAAACGCUGUGAGGAUCAGCUGCUGAGGAUGGAGCUCCAGGCAACUGACCGAGAAGAGAACAAACAGAUUGCUCUAGGCACCUCAAAGCUCAACUACCUUGACCCACGAAUCUCAGUGGCUUGGUGUAAGAAGUUUGGGGUGCCCCUGGAUAAAAUCUACAAUAAAAGCCAAAGGGACAAAUUUGCCUGGGCCAUCGAUAUGACGGAGGAAGAUUUCGAGUUCUAGACACUGACCUUUUAAGGUUUGAAACAAAGCAAGUGAGGAACCAUGCAGGGAUCAUGCAGAACUUCUAAUUUUAUAAUGAUUUGCUGUGUGUGUCUCUGACUGGGAGACAUUAUCAAGUUGAGCACUUUUUUUUGUAUAUGUUCAAAUUUUGAAUAUUUUUUUUCAAGCUAUUUUUGCACUUACAUUACAUGCUAUUUUCAGCAUUUUUGUUUUUUUAAAUAAAAGUUCCUAAGCUGCAAUCAACGAAUGCCAAUUUAAUAUGUAUAAUAUGUUUACCUAAAAUUAGGCCAC